CCAAGAUGGCUGAUAGCAUCCCACUGAAUCCUAUGAGAAACAAUUCCAAGAAACACCCUUAUUACAAUGCUGGCAGACCUUUCAGGUACCAGAUCGAAGACGAGUCCUUGAAUCUUGACGAGAUGCCUCUGAUGAUGUCUGAGGAGGCUUUUGAGAACGACGAGAGCGAUUACCACACACUUCCCAGGGCUAGAAUCAUACAGCGACGGCGUGGCCUGGGCUGGUUUCUCUGUGGAGGUUGGAUGGUGCUGUGUGGAAACUGCUGCGAGUAUCUGGCUCACGUGUGCAGGAGGAAGAAAGAGUUGAAGGCUCGAACCGUCUGGCUAGGCCACCCUGAAAAAUGUGAGGAGAAGUACCCCAAAAACGCCAUCAAAAACCAGAAAUACAACGUUCUCACCUUUGUGCCAGGGGUUUUAUACCAGCAGUUCAAGUUUUUUCUCAACUUGUAUUUCCUGGUGGUGGCUUGCUCACAGUUUGUGCCAUCACUAAAAAUCGGCUAUCUCUACACUUACUGGGCGCCGCUGGCUUUUGUGCUGUCCGUCACCAUGGUGAGAGAGGCCGUAGACGAGGUCCGCCGCUACAGGAGGGACAAAGAGAUGAAUUCUCAGAUGUACAGCAAACUCACAGUCCGAGGUAAAGUACAAGUGAAGAGCUCUGACAUCCAAGUUGGAGACCUCAUCAUCAUUGAAAAGAAUCAGAGAGUACCAGCUGAUAUGAUCUUUUUAAGAACUUCUGAGAAGUCUGGAUCCUGCUUUAUCCGAACGGACCAGCUUGAUGGAGAAACAGACUGGAAACUCAAGGUCGCUGUUGCCUGCACUCAGAGGCUCCCUGCGCUAGGGGAUUUGUUCUCCAUCAGUGCAUAUGUAUAUGCUCAGAAACCUCAGCUGGACAUACACAGUUUUGAAGGGAAUUUUACUAGGGAGGACUGUGACCCCAUAAUCCAUGAGAGCUUGAGCAUUGAGAACACCCUUUGGGCCAGUACUGUAGUUGCCUCUGGUACUGUUAUAGGCGUUGUGAUUUACACCGGGAAAGAGAUGAGGAGUGUAUUGAACACAUCUCAGUCAAAGAAUAAGGUGGGCCUAUUGGACCUGGAGUUAAAUCGUCUGACUAAGGCCCUGUUCCUGGCCCAGCUAGUGCUAUCUAUCGUGAUGGUGGCUUUGCAGGGUUUCAUCGGACCUUGGUUCCGCAAUCUGUUCCGCUUCGUAGUGCUCUUUUCCUACAUCAUUCCCAUCAGUCUGAGGGUAAAUCUGGACAUGGGAAAGUCAGCAUACGGCUGGAUGAUAAUGAAGGACGAGAAUAUUCCUGGCACCGUUGUGAGAACCAGUACUAUCCCUGAAGAGCUUGGCCGCCUCGUCUACCUGCUCACUGACAAGACAGGGACUCUCACUCAGAAUGAGAUGGUGUUUAAGCGACUCCAUCUUGGCACCGUGUCCUAUGGGAUGGACACCAUGGACGAGAUCCAAAGCCAUAUUAUACAGUCAUAUGCUCAGGUGAGCUCAGCUUUGUCUAACGGCAACAGUGCCAGCUCUACGCCAUCCCGCAAGGCACCGCCGUCAGCGCCCAAGGUGCGGAAAAGCGUGAGCAGUCGCAUCAACGAGGCUGUGAAGGCCAUCGCCCUGUGCCACAAUGUCACACCAGUCUACGAGUCCCGUACCAAUGGCGCCAGCACCGAGCCAGAGGGAACAGAGGCUGAUCAGGACUACAGCGACGCAAACCGAACAUAUCAGGCCUCUAGUCCAGAUGAGGUUGCCCUGGUGCGAUGGACAGAGAGUGUUGGCCUGACCUUGGUGAACCGAGACCUGAACUCACUACAAUUGAAGACACCCGCGGGCCAGAUCCUGACAUUCUGCAUCCUCCAAAUCUUCCCCUUUACCUCGGAGAGCAAGCGCAUGGGCAUCAUCGUCCAGGAAGAGGCCACUGGGGACAUCACCUUUUACAUGAAGGGGGCAGAUGUUGCCAUGGCCAGCAUUGUGCAGUACAACGAUUGGCUCGAGGAAGAAUGUGGAAAUAUGGCCAGAGAGGGACUUCGGACAUUGGUGGUUGCUAAGAAGUCUCUAUCAGAGGAGCAGUACCAAGACUUUGAGAGUCGUUAUAACCAGGCGAAGCUGAGCCUGCAUGACCGUACUUUGAAGGUUGCUGCGGUGGUUGAAAGUUUGGAGAGGGAGAUGGAGCUGCUGUGUGUGACCGGAGUAGAGGAUCAGCUGCAGGCUGACGUCAGGCCCACGCUGGAGCUUCUUCGUAAUGCCGGCAUCAAGAUCUGGAUGUUGACAGGAGACAAGCUAGAGACAGCUACAUGCAUAGCCAAAAGCUCUCACCUGGUGUCCAGAAAUCAGGAUAUACACGUUUUCAGACCGGUGUCUAAUCGUGGUGAAGCCCACCUGGAACUGAAUGCCUUCAGGAGGAAACAUGACUGCGCUCUGGUGAUCUCAGGAGACUCUCUGGAGGUGUGUCUGCGUUACUAUGAGCACGAGUUUGUGGAGCUGGCGUGCCAGUGCCCUGCGGUGGUGUGCUGUCGCUGUUCUCCAACACAGAAAGCCCAGAUUGUCAGACUGCUGCAGCAACACACAGCCAACAGAACCUGUGCUAUUGGUGAUGGUGGAAAUGAUGUAAGUAUGAUCCAGGCUGCGGACUGUGGCAUCGGCAUUGAAGGAAAGGAGGGCAAGCAGGCGUCGCUAGCGGCAGAUUUCUCCAUAACGCAGUUUAAACACAUUGGAAGGCUGCUGGUGGUGCACGGACGCAACAGCUACAAGCGCUCCGCCGCUCUCGGCCAGUUCGUUAUGCACCGCGGCAUGAUCAUAUCAACCAUGCAGGCCGUCUUUUCAUCUAUUUUCUACUUUGCAUCCGUUCCUUUGUACCAAGGCUUCCUCAUGGUUGGGUAUGCUACAAUAUACACCAUGUUCCCAGUAUUCUCUCUGGUGCUAGAUCAGGAUGUAAAGCCAGAUAUGGCAUUGCUUUACCCAGAGCUUUACAAAGACCUUACCAAGGGACGCUCCUUGUCAUUCAAAACCUUUCUCAUUUGGGUCUUGAUAAGUGUGUAUCAAGGGGGCAUCCUGAUGUACGGCGCCCUAGUGCUAUUCGAUCAGGAGUUCGUACAUGUGGUGGCUAUCUCAUUCACAGCCCUGGUUCUUACCGAGCUGCUGAUGGUGGCUCUGACCGUACGAACCUGGCACUGGCUCAUGGUGGUGGCAGAGUUCUUCAGCCUCGGCUGCUACCUCGCCUCGCUCGCAUUUCUCAACGAGUACUUUGGCAUAGGUAGAGUGUCCUUAGGAGCCUUCCUGGAUCUGUUAUUCAUCACGACCAAGACGUUCCUAUGGAAGGUGUGUGUGAUCACACUGGUCAGCUGCCUGCCUCUGUACAUCAUCAAGUACCUGAAGCGCAAGUUUUCUCCACCAAGUUACUCCAAACUUUCCUCCUGAGCUGACUGAACCUCACUCAGGCAGAACGUCAAAACGCACCCACAUGCACACACACAUGCACACACACAUGCACACACACAUGCACACACAGUGUACACAGUAUAUAGCAGGCAUAGUGACUGUAGCUGUCAAGGUUUGGUGGUCUGUUAGGGCUUCAUGAGGCUGGUGUGUCUAGUUUAAGUGUUCAAUUAAUGACAAUGGCUUAUCCUCUGGAAUUUUGGUCUAUCCAGCUCUUCUUUAUUUUCCUUAUUUAUUGUUGGAUAGCAUGUAUGUACUCGGAACAACAGGAGAUGUACUGAGAAUACUUGAAAAAAAAAAAGGUGAAGCACAAAAACGUGACCAAGAAUCAACUCCAGUGAUAGAACUGGUUAGAUUAUUUGUAGAAAAAGAACAUGGAUCUUAAUUAGGCGCUUCCUUUAUUAGAGUGCACUUCAAUCUAAUCUGUUGAUUGUUUACUUUUCUUUUUGUUUUGUUUUUUAAAUAAAUAAAUAAAUAAAUAGUGUUUUAUUGAUCUGUAAUGAUGUGCAUUAGUACAGCAGGAUGAAUCGUUAGAAUGAGCAAAGUGGUUGUUUAUGAAUGGGAAAACCACAGUGCUGUUUACUUUCCUGUGAGGAUUUUCUUCAGCUCUGAUUGUCUUUUUUAAGAUUUUUCUAUGCCUGCAGAAAUUUCUAAACUUGUCCUAUUUAUUAUAGACCGAUGGGCCGUUUUAGGUGUUUUUUGGUUUUUCUAUUCUCCCCACCUGUGUGUUGCACAAAUAACUAUAGGCAUGUUUAAAUUGCUGGAUUUCCACUGAGCAAUGAAAAAAUAUUACAAGAUAUGCUGUUUAUUAAGCUGUUUAGAGCUUUAGUACGAUUUAGGAAGAGACAUGACUAUCAUCACCAUGUGACACUUCAGCACUGCUCACAUUUACUUAGAUAAAUUUGCAAAUAUAGCACACAGCUCGUCCUUUGUGAUAUGUAUUUUAUAUUUGGUCUUGUUUAGGGGUGUACACCUUUUUCACUUCUUCAAUCAUUUUUUUUAUGUAUGUGUGGCAGUCUGGGAAAACCCUUCACAUGCUCAUAUUUUGCAUGUAAUUACCCCAAAAUAUGCAAAGAACAAAAGUUGAAGGCAGAACAUCAGUCAUAACAUUAAAACCACAGAGGUUUUUUGAUUCCCUUUUGCCACCAAAGCAGUUCUGACCCUUCAGGGCUCGACUCUGCAAGAAAUCUAAAGGUGUGCUGUGGUGUCUGGCACCAGGACGUUAAAAUUAGAUCUUUUAAUUGUUGUGGUUUUCAGGUUGGACUUAUUUGUCCAGAACAUCCCAAGGAUGCUUGAUCAGAUUAAAAUCUGGGGAGUUUGAAGGAUUUACCAACAGCCUACUAAUCUCAUUACUUAGCAAGCUGUGAUGCACUGAGUGUUCUGAUACCUUUUUAUUAUAGCCAACAUAAACUUUUUUUUAUAGCAAUUUGUGCUACAUUGCCUUUUCUGUGGAGUCAGACCAGACAGGCUAGCCUUUGCUCCCCACAGGCAUAAAUGAGGCUUAAUUGCUGUGAUCCUGUCAGCAGUUUACUGAUAUACAAUUCUAAUUCUAAUCUAUGUUAUUCAAUUUACCUGAUGGUGUUGUUAGUGUUACAUUAUGGCUGAUUGGUUUAGAUGUUACUGUAUCUACUUCAGACUUCAGAAACAAGAUCAACACUUCCCAAUUUAAAAGAAUUCUACAUUUACAAUGAAAAACCUUUCUUUCUUUUUCUGAGCAAAGAAUCACUCAGGACAUGUAAACACAAGCCUCGUCAUCCUCCUUUCACUCAAUUUACAGUAUCUCUGUUUAUGCGGACAUCAGGGAAGAACUGCUCACUGGUUUGGUCAUGUAGUUGGGCUGAGUGAGUUUCAUGACCAUUUGAUUUGAACAUGUCACAGAUAUCGGUAAUUGUAUACAAAAUAAAUGAGACAGGAUUAGACAGGAUGUGGAUAAUUCCUAUGGCACUAUGGAACUACUUGAUCAAAUCAUGAGAAAAGCACACUAUUUAGAUUUUAGACAUCUCUAAGCAAACUGAUUGUUUUUCCCAGCUGUAUUUGUCAUACAGCCAAGGCAUGGUUAGAACAUAAUCUUUUUAAUAUAUAACUUUUUUUGUUAAAUACUAAAUAUUUAUGUUUCCCUAAAGUAGUGGUUUCGAAGUAUAUAAUUAGUAGAAAUCUUCCAUUUUGGUCAAAACCGAAAUGUUUUCCAGACUUCAGCCACAGGAACAUCUGACUGGUUUUCCCAAACCGUCGCUCAUAUAAUCUUUAUCGAGGUAAAUCUGUGUCUGGUUCAUUGUCAGCACAAUCAGGAUAAACAUGAAGUCUGAGUGUUUGUCUGAUUAACACCAGAUGUAACAUUACUAAAACUAUAUUGACAUGAAAUGAAUAUGUUGCCCGGUUUUCAACCAGUGUGUUUAAGGAAUGAGUUUUAUCAUUC